AUGGCGCAGGUGCACCACAGCUGCCGGUGCCGCGAACACAGGCCCUUCCAGAGCCUGCACCACCCCGAGGAGGACGGCGCCCGCCCCCAUCCGGGAGGCCACAGGGAUCAGAGGCCCCCGCAUGGAGGUGCCCCGGCCACCCUGGUCCCCUGGCUGCGCUCAGGGCCGCCGAUGGGCUCCUGUUCCCACCCAGCUGCCCGACGGAGGGGCCUUGUCUUCCAGCCCCUCAAUGCGCCCCAGCAGGCCCUACGGCUCCAACGGCCGGCGCCCAAACCGGACCGACGGAAGAGGUUUCUGCGGAACGGAGCAGACCUCAGCCAACAGCACGGCUGCCGCUUCCCCGCUUCCUCUGUCUUCCACAGGACUCAAGGCACCUGCUCCAGCGGCCCUGGACGUGGGCACCUGCGGCUCGACGUGGCGCGCAGCUCAGGCCCAGCACAUAGUGGGGCGUGCCGCCGCGCCCGGAGCUCGGGCCCCGGACACGGGGUGGGGCCCCCGCGACCCUGCACCGCCCGCGCCGUGCACCGCCCCGCGCUGUCUGCACCCACAGCCCCCCCCCCCCGCCGGGUCGUGCACGGGCCCCGGACCUACAGUCUGCACACCGCGGCGCCCGGACCCCCGCAAACGCCCCUCGGGUCGCGCACAGCACGCCCUCCCCCUGACCUGCCCCCCGCACUUCCCCGGCGCCCCCAGGGCUCCCCGCAAACCCCGCCCCCCGCCGGGUCCCGCAGGCCCCCCCCGCGCUGUCUGCCCCCCGCACGCCCGCAGCGCCCCGGGCCCCCGCAGCCCCCCCAGCCGAGCACGGCCCCCCCGACCUGCGCCCCGCGCUCCCCCGGGCCCCGCCCCCCCCCACUGACCUGCUCUCCCCGGGCCGGGUCCUCGCAGCCCCCGGGGCGGGCAGGGCGGUGCGGUCCUCCCGGCCCCGAGCGCAGCCGCCGCAGGACGCCCCGGGACGCCGCCGGCCGCGGGGGAGGCGCGGGGCUGGGCGGCUCGUGGGCCCGAGGACCCCCCGCCCGCGGCCGAGACCGCUACCGCUGCCCCUGCGCUCACCUGCGGACGGCGUCCGCCUCCCGCCCCGGCCCCCUGCGCGGCGGAGACCCCGACCCGGACCCGGACCCGGACCCGGACCCGGAGGGACCCCGACGGACCCCCGCCCCGACCCCCGCCCGGACCCCAACCCUAAUCCGGCUCCACCCCGACCCGACCCCUUCCGCUGCGGAGACCCGGCGGGCGGCCAGGCUGCAGGAGAACACGGGCAACACCCUCUUCGACUUUGACCUCAACAACUUCUUGGAAGACAUGUCUCCAAAGCCGGUGCUCGGGAGGAAGAGCCGUUAUCACCACACCGAGGUCAUCUUCGUCACCAAGGAGCAGCGGCCGACCUCCGUGUGCUCAUGGCAGCCCCUGAGGCCCCCCUGA